AUGGCGGUCACUUGUCCGAUAUGUAACCAGGCCGUCAAGGGCCUCGACAAAAUCAACAGCCACAUUGAUUCCGGCUGCCAGUCAUUCCUCGAGACAGCCGCCGAGAGUGCCACUACCCAAGCUGAACCACAAAGUAGUGGACAACAGAGUACCCAGAACGGAAACCUACCACCAAGUUCAACCCAAAAGAAACGAAGUGCCGCCGACUUCUUCCAGACUCCUGCCAAACGACUGGCGGUGUCAAAGAUACCCAUUGCUUCGACACCCCUACCAGUCCAUGGAAGUGCUGCUGCUUCGACUGCUGCGCAAAAACCGAGGACGGGGACGAAGAGGAGGUUUGAUGAGGGACCGGGCGCAGAGACACCACAACAAAACGUAACUCCUGGAGAAGGGGGAGUAGGAACAGGAGGAAGAGAAGCACAACCCAGCCCACCGAUUCAACCGCUAGUGAAACGCACAAAACCGAACAACCGAUCCGCUCCCCUGGCCGAGCGCAUGCGCCCUGGCUCUCUCGACGACGUCUUCGGCCAAGACCUAGUCGGGCCCAACGGCGUCUUGCGCGCGCUGAUCGAAACCGACCGAGUCCCGUCCAUGAUCCUCUGGGGCGGUUCGGGAACCGGCAAGACGACGAUAGCGCGCUGCAUCGCCCAACGAACAGGUAGCCGCUUCAUCGAGCUGAACGCGACCAGCUCAGGUGUCGCCGAGUGCAAGAAGUAUUUCGGGGAAGCGGCCAACGAGCUGCACCUCACAGGUCGCCGCACCAUCAUCUUCUGCGACGAGAUCCACCGCUUCACCAAGGCGCAACAAGACAUAUUCCUCAAACCCGUCGAAGCAGGCACCAUCACGCUCAUCGGCGCCACCACGGAAAACCCCUCCUUCAAAGUCGUACCCGCCUUGCUCUCUCGAUGCCGGACUUUUACUCUCCAACCUCUAUCUCGCGACGACCUCCAGCGCAUCCUGCUACGAGCCCUCAAACAGGAAAUAACCGACCAACACCUCCCUUUAUCACCACUAAUAGACGACGAACUACUUUCCUACCUCUGCGCCUUUGCCGACGGCGACGCUCGCACCGCGCUCAACCUCCUCGAACUCGCUCUAUCCCUCACCACCACUUCACCCCCCUCAGACAACCAACCCCUUACCAAAGAAUCCAUCAAAGCCUCCCUAACCAAAACUCUCGUCUACGACCGCGCCUCCGACCAACACUACGACACCAUCUCCGCCUUCCACAAAUCCAUCCGCGGCUCCGACCCCGACGCCAGUCUGUACUACCUAGCGCGCAUGCUCCAAUCAGGCGAAGACCCCCUCUUCAUUGCUCGUCGUCUCGUCGUCAUCGCCUCCGAAGACGUCGGUCUCGCCGACAACUCCCUCUUGCCUCUCGCAACCGCCACCUACACCGCCACCCAACAAAUCGGCAUGCCCGAGGCGCGUAUUCCCUUGGCGCAUUGCACCGUAGCGCUUUGUUUGGCGCCCAAAUCGACGAGGGCAUACAGAGGGCUGAAUAAUGCGUUUUCGGCGCUCAGGGAACCGGGCGUGGCGGCGUUGCCUGUCCCCUUGCAUUUACGGAAUGCGCCGACGAGGUUGAUGAAGGAGAUGGGGUACGGCGCCGAGUAUAAGUACCCCCCGAAUUAUAGGAAUGGGAGGGUGAGGCAGGAGUAUUUGCCGGGGGAGUUGGUGGGGAGAAAGUUUUUGGAGGAGAGGGAUUUGGGGACCGAGGUGGAUCCGGAUGUGGAAAUGGGGGAGGGGGAAAUUGAUGGGGAGGGGGAAAUCAAUGGGGAGGAAAGAUUGAAUGGGGCGACGUAG